UAGAUAGCCUCUCCUAAAUCUGAUGGUGUUGGAAGGAUAGCUUCGUGAGGGGCUGGGGAUAUUGUCAAUUUCGAAAGAUUCAAAUACUGGCAGUGUAGAAGCCAAUCGCAACACACCCAACCUUCGCUUGCUUCCCAAAGUCAGUCAUUUUCUUCCCUUUUACGCCACACUCGCCCUCUCGCUUUCCACUUCUUUAUCAUCUCUUGCAGCCACUUCGACAUCAUCAUGUUCCUGUAAGAUCGCAACCUCGUUCUCUGGCUGGGGAAUGAAAAGAACUGACUAAGCCUGAAAUCAGUUGCUUUUUGCUUUGAGUUGGGUGUGAUGAUGGAGUUUUCUUCCUGCUCUCAUUCGAGCGGAUGGCGGGCAUGUACGGCUGUGCGAGUGUGGACCCUUACUGUGAUCCUGCUGCUGAAGAGUGAUAUCAUCGUAUAUUCAGAUUCUGAUUACUUGAUUGGUCUUGGAAGUCAUGACAUUACGGGUCCUGCUGCUGAUGUUAACAUGGAGGGGUAUUCUAAUACAGAUCAAGUCGCGUCUGGGAUCCACUUCAGGCUGCGAUCACGUGCUUUUAUUGUUGCGGAGCCUAAUGGUAAGAGGGUAGCAUUUGUAAACCUUGAUGCUUGCAUGGCUUCACAACUGGCGAAAAUCAAAGUAAUUGAGAGGUUGAAGGCGAGAUAUGAUGACCUAUAUACUGAAAAGAAUGUAGCUAUUAGUGGAAUUCACACACAUGCUGGUCGGGGUUAUCUCCAAUAUGUUGUGUAUCUCGUAACAUCUCUUGGAUUUGUGCGCCAGUCUUUUGAUGUCCUUGUUGAUGGAAUUGAGAAAAGCAUUAUACAAGCUCAUGAAAAUCUUCGCCCAGGAUCAAUAUUUGUCAAUAAGGGAGAGCUCUUAGAUGCUGGCGUAAAUCGCAGUCCUAGUGCUUAUCUCAAUAAUCCUGCUGCAGAGCGAAGCAAAUAUAAGUAUAAUGUUGAUAAAGACAUGACUCUUUUAAAAUUUGUUCAUGAUGAAUGGGGCCCUGCUGGUAGCUUCAAUUGGUUUGCUACUCAUGGGACUUCAAUGAGCCGUACAAACUCAUUGAUUAGUGGGGAUAAUAAAGGGGCUGCUGCAAGAUUUAUGGAAGACUGGUUUGAGGACCAAAACUCUGGAAGAAAGGUCACUGUUGGAUUUGAAGAUGAUGGUCAUCCCAGAAGAAUCUCAAACAUAAUUCCGAGGCCUCAUGAUAAUCACCAUGAAUUGCUGGAACUUGCUGCCACCUUCCAAUCUCCUCCUGAGACGGCAAUUAAAACUUCAAGUGUUGCUAGACGUGUGAGAGGUGCUCUUAGGCAGGUUGAUAGGCCUAGAUUUGUAUCUGCAUUUUGUCAAUCAAAUUGCGGUGAUGUUAGUCCAAAUGUCCUUGGAGCCUUUUGUAUAGACACUGGACUACCUUGUGACUUCAAUCAUAGUACGUGCGGAGGGAAGAAUGAAUUAUGCUAUGGCCGAGGACCUGGUUAUCCAGACGAAUUUGAAAGUACACGUAUUAUAGGGGAGAGACAAUUUAGAAAAGCUGUGGAUCUCUUCAAUGGAGCAUCUGAACAGAUUAGAGGGAAGAUUGAUUUUCGACAUGCUUUUUUGGAUUUCUCCCAACUAGAGGUAGCCAUUAAUAAAGGAGGAGCUUCUGAGACAGUGAAGACAUGUCCUGCUGCAAUGGGGUUUGCAUUUGCAGCUGGAACAACAGAUGGACCUGGAGCCUUUGAUUUUAAACAAGGUGAUGAUAAGGGAAAUCCUUUCUGGAAACUGGUCCGAAACGUACUUAAAACUCCAACUAGUGAACAAGUAAAAUGUCAGCAGCCAAAACCUAUUCUGCUCGAUACUGGUGAAAUGAAGCAACCAUAUGAUUGGGCUCCUUCAAUACUUCCUAUCCAGAUCUUCCGGAUUGGGCAGUUCGUGAUUCUUAGUGUACCAGCAGAGUUCACAACUAUGGCAGGAAGGCGGCUUCGUGAUGCCGUCAAGACAGUUCUCAGCAAUAGUAAAGACUUUGGUGCUGACAUUCAUGUCAUUAUAGCAGGGUUGACUAAUACUUAUUCACAGUACGUGACUACCUUCGAAGAAUAUGAAGUGCAAAGAUACGAGGGUGCUUCCACAUUAUAUGGUCCACACACUCUGAGUGCUUAUAUUCAGGAGUUCCAGAAGCUUGCAAAUGCUCUUGUCAAGGGCCAACCAGUGGAACCAGGUCCACAACCGCCGGAUCUCCUGAGCAAGCAAAUAAGCCUUCUCCCGCCGGUGGUGGUGGAUGGAACCCCGCUUGGUGUAAACUUUGGGGACGUUAUCUCUGAUGUGCCUAAGAACUCCACCUUUAGGAGAGGCGAAAUGGUGACGGUUAAGUUCUGGUCAGCUUGCCCUCGUAAUGACCUUAUGACUGAAGGUACAUUUGCCCUUGUGGAAGCCCUCCAAGAUAAGGACACUUGGGUUCCUGCUUAUGAUGAUGACGAUUUCUGCCUCCGCUUCAAGUGGUCAAGACCCUCCAGAUUCAGCCCUCGGAGUCAAGCAACCAUAGAAUGGAGAAUCCCGCAAAAUGCAUCCCCUGGUGUGUACCGAAUCAGACAUUUUGGCGCGUCAAAGAGCUUAUUUGGUUCAAUCCGUCACUUCACAGGCUCAUCCAGCGCAUUUGUGUUAGCAGCAUAGUGGAAGCCUUACAGUUUAUAAUACCCUACACACCAUGUUUUGCACAAUGAAAGUGAUCACUUCUACUUAAUUUAUGAAUGUAUUGAAUUCACAGGAAAAAAGUUUUUUGAAGCUCUCAAAAGGAUUUACUA